AGGGCACUGGGGGGCUGGGUUUGGGGACAAGGGACACUGGGGGGCUCCUUUGGGGGCACAGAGGGGCUGGGGGGGGUUGUGGGCAGGGGACAGGGGCACUGGGGGGUUCUGGGACCCCCCUGACCCCCCCUUUGUCCCCCCACAGGACUGUGAGGAGUGCAUCCGCCUGGAGCCCACCUUCAUCAAGGGCUACACGCGGAAGGCGGCGGCGCUCGAGGCCAUGCGCGAUUACACCAAGGCCAUGGAGGUUUAUCAGCGCGCCCUGGACCUCGACCCCUCCUGCAAGGAGGCGGCCAAGGGGCUGCGGGGCUGUGUCCGGGGGCAGCAGCAGCGCUGAGAGCCCC